GGAAAAUACUUGAAGCGACAUCAUAGGUUAAAUAUGAUAAUACUGAUAAGUUAAAGUAUCGGAACUGAGAUAAGCUAUAAUUUUGAGUGACCAAAUCAUAUAAACAUAAGACUUACCAUUAGACAUUAUGGGAUCAAAAAAAUCCGAAAAAUCGAACCUGACAGAAUUAAUUGGGAUUUUUCAAGAAAGCACCAACUUCUUCUCAGAAAGAACUUCAAGUUAUCCAAAUUUCAUGGUCACCUUCUCAAAAGUUUCAAGAUCAGCCCUCUCAACCUGGCAUAAAAUAUGAAGUUGCAGAAUAAGGUAGAUGACAUUUGAAUCAAAUUAAAGAAGAGGUUAUGGAUGAUAAAUCUGUACCAGAGCUUUCUGUCCCCGAAAAUGUUACCAAAACAUUAUUUCUUGUGUCAAACUCAGCUUCGUUAGAAAAGGCACUUGAGAAGCUGAUAGAAAUUGCCAAAGUUCCUGAUAGAAGGUUUGAUCUGUCCACUAAGAAUGUUGUCACCGCUGUCCUCCAACUCUGUCGGUCUCUGUCAUCUCCCUCUUGGCGUUACCUCCUUUUAUUGUCUCUUAAGGCACUUAGAAACAUGUGUGCUGGGGAGAUAAGAAAUCAAAAUGCCUUUCUUGAACAAAGAGGAGUUGAAACAGUCAUGGAUGUUAUUACCUCUGUAGGACUUACUAUUGAUCCUGAUUGUGAGAUUAUCCGAGUGGGGCUGCAACUUCUGGGAAACUACUCAGUAGUUGGGAGAGAACAUCAAUGUGAUGUGUGGUACCAAUUGUUUCCUCAUAGUUUCUUGAAGAUUGCUGGAGUUAGAAGCAGAGAAAUAUGUGAUCCUCUAUGUAUGGUCAUUUACACUUGCUGUGAAGGUACUGAUGGACUGCUAACAGAAUUAAGUUCGGAGCAAGGGUUGCCGAUUCUUAAAGAAAUCAUAUGUACUUCAUCAGCCGUUGGUCUCAGAGAAGAUUGGUUGAAGUUGCUUCUUUCAAAAAUUUGCAUCGAAGGCUCCUACUUUUCAUCAAUUUUCUUCAAGUUACAUUCACAUCCUUGUGUUGAGAACAAUGAUAUUAUUACAAAUUUAGCUUACCAAUUUGUUAGUGAGCAAGCUCAUCUGUUGAGUAUCCUUUCAGAAAUCUUGAAUGAGCAAUUAGAGCAUAUUGUUGUUUCACAUGUUUUUGCUUUAAGUAUCUUUGGGAUAUUGAAGAGUGCUGCAGUGGUUGUUGACUUUUCUAACAGAGGGAAAGAUGAUCUUCCGACGGGGUCUGCUCCUAUUGAUGUUCUAGGAUACUCACUCGUGAUCUUGAGAGAUAUUUGCGCUUGUGGUCACCUGACAAGCUCUAAGGAGGAAGGUCCUAAGGAUGUCGUGGAUAUAUUAGUUUCCUCUGGGCUUAUUGAACUUCUUUUGGACUUACUUCGAAAUCUUGAACCUCCAACAACAAUUAGGAAAGCAAUGACACAGGAUCAGGUCAAGGAGGCGACAGCAUCUUCGUCAUUGAGGGGUUGUCCUUACAAAGGUUUCCGGAGAGAUAUUGUUGCCGUCCUUGGAAACUGUGCUUAUAGGAGAAGGCACAUCCAAGAUGAGAUUAGAGAUAAAAAUGGGAUCCUUUUACUGCUACAACAAUGUGUUACAGAUGAUGAUAAUCCUUUCUUAAGGGAGUGGGGAAUCUGGUGCGUGCGAAACCUAUUGGAAGGAAAUGCAGAAAACCAAGGGGUUGUUGCUGAUUUAGAGCUUCAAGGAACUGCAGAUGUUCCGGAACUUGCUCGACUUGGGCUUCAAGUAGAAGUUGACCCCAAAACUAGACGUGCAAAGCUAGUAAACGUCACGUGAUAUGUUAACAGAUGAAAGUGAGAAUAGUUAAACUCGGGAGUUGGCAAACCGAUUGACAUGUUCAGGGAUGUGCCAUAAGAGGUAUAAUGCAUGACUUCAUUUUAUGUUAUGUUACCUAGUCAUAGAAGAAGAAAAAUCAAUACAAAAUGUCUUCUGGAGGAUUUUUAAUUUAUUGCUGUGUAUUAGUAGCGAAUAUUGAACCAAAAGAUCUAUGCCUAGAGUGUAAGAUGCUUAUGAGGAUUGAUUAUUAAAUUUUUCGCCAGGUCAAAUUAUGAGUGUUUCCAGUUGUGCUUUUUAACUGAAAGGACAUUCGUGCAUUGUUCAUUGUAUCAGUAAGCAUGAAGUAAGAGAAGUAAUUGACUCGAA